UCAUUCAUUGGUCCAUGUCUCGUGGCCUCAGUGGUCUCACGUUGACGGAAUAAAUAGAGCAGUCAUGAAAUGGCAGGAGUGGUAAAUAUUGACUGGAAUUGCAGCGAUUCUUCUGAGUUUUCGAGUUCAGAAAACGCUGUAAAUAGUGAGAUGGACUCCACAGCACCAUCGGACAUCGAUGAUGUCCUCAAUUUGAUGUCAGAGUCCGGCAUCGGGACAUCAGAGUUCUUCGACAACGAUAUUUUUGGGUCACUGCCGAUGCUCCAAGAUGAUCCCUCUCUGAUGGGCAUCAAAGAAGAGGACCUGAACCUGGAAUUCCUGGGAGGCGGUGAAGCUGCUGCCCUGGAUGGUGCGGUGGCGUCGCUGUCACCAACACCUGCCACCCCGACAACAACUUUGGAGUACUUCACGGCUGACAGCUUGCCCGCACAAGUUGUACAGCUCCCUGCGGGCAUCCCCGAGCAGAAGCUUCCAUCUAGAAGGGUUGCUGUACAGCCUCAGAAGGUUCAGGUACACGUGGCACCGCAGGUAUCUGCCGCACGACCCAUACAGAAGGUGACCGUGGUGGGGCCAUUUUCUCACCAGCAGGGGGUGGUGGCGGCACGGCCGUUGCAGCAGCAGCCGCAGCAGCAAGCUCUGCCGCAGGUGCAACCCGUGCAGCAGCAGAGGCCCAUCCAGGCUGCGGCUGCUGUACAGGCUCCAUCUGUAGUGGAGCUCCUCGCUGCCCUCAAAGAGCAGCAGAAUCAGCAGCAGCAGCGGAUCAACCGUCUCUCACAGUUGCCCACGCAGAGAGUGCAGCAGAUGCUUCUUCAGCAGCUGGUCAAGGACAGCUCCCCAGGGAUUGUGACUUACACUCCUAUUCAGCACACCCCAGCAGUUGUGGCUGCAGCGCCUCAAACGAGCCCUAUCUUAGCCACCACCACCACAGGUAUCCCCCUGAUGCUCGACACAGACGAGUUGAGCAGGGUGGUCACGGUGAAGUCGCCGAAUAAGGGUGAAAAACGUAAUGCACACAACGCCAUCGAGAGGCGCUACCGUAGCAGCAUCAACGAUAAAAUCAUUGAGCUGAAGAACAUGGUUGUCGGCACCGAAGCUAAGCUGAACAAGUCUGCUGUACUGCGGAAGGCCAUCGACUACAUCCGUUACAUGCAGAACACAAAUGCCAAACUGAAGCAAGAGAACAUGGCGCUUAAAAUGGCCUUCCAGCGCAAAUAUCCCGGUGAAGUUUUGGUGGAGCAGCAGCAGCAAUCGCCUGCCGAGCUGGAACCGGAAGAGAUGACCCCACCCUCCUCCGACGCGAGCUCGCCGGACCACAGCGGGGGCGACGACAUGUCGGAGCCCCCGUCUCCCCCCCAGAGCCCCCUGGAAGCCAAGGGAGUCUUCCUGGCUCAGGGCGCCAUGAUGCACACGACGAGGGUGGCGCUGUGCAUGUUCGCUUUCGCUUUCUUUGCGUUUAACCCGGUGGGGAAGGUAUUCACGGGCGGAGUUGCGGACGGUAGCUCCGCGUUUUCCGCGUCCCAGCACGCUGGUGGACGGAACAUUCUGUCGGACGGCAGCGAGCUUUCCGCUGUGCCCUGGUGGGGCUUUCUACGAACUCCUGCGAUGGGCUGGCUCGUAAACAUAAUCCUUGCCUCCAUUGUCUUUGCCAAGCUUUUCAUCUUUGGGGACACGUUUAUCAAGCCUGGAUCCAAGGUGUCUACGGCUUUCUGGAGGCACCGCAAGCAAGCGGACUUUGACUUGGCAAAGGGCAAUCACGAGGCCGCAGCGAGAAAUCUGGUGCUGUGCCUAACCGCUCUGGGCCAUCCUCCACCCGGGUCGUUCCUCGAGACCGCUUGCUCUGUAACUUGGCAGAUGUUUCGGCAGAUCCUUCACUGGGCCGUUGUGGGGCUUGUGGUGGCCCGUCGUGCCGCUGGGGGUCCCAGGCUAUCCAGCAGUGAGCGCCGGCGUGCUGCCGCUGAUCUGGCGCUGGUGCACCAUCAGCUGAAUCAACUGCACGUGCUCGGGUUUGUGCCGCAAUGGAGCCGCUGGCAAAGUUUGACUCAGGCUUUGGCUGCACUCAACUGGGCACAAGUUGCAGGUCGUGGCUCCUUGACCCCCGAGGCCUUAGCAGAAGUGCACAUUGCAGCGGCAUUAAGGCUGCUGCAGUGCUUCUCUGUGAGACUGCACUUCAUUCCUCGGCUGCUGCUGUGCCGUGCCAGCUGGUCGUGGCCCCGUUCCGAGUACAUUCCAGCAAAACUGAAAUGGGUCUUCGAAGACGUUGGACAAAGCUUUGUGCUCGGGCUCGAGUGGCUUCCCUUGGCAGCGACGGACAGCAGUAAUUUCAGCAGCACGGGUGACAGAAGCUCUGUGCUAGCUGUGGUGUCACAACGAUACAGGGAGUACCUCUUGAGCAGGGCAAUGGACGCCUUGGCCGUGUGCGGACGCGUUGAACCGACGACCCCAAGGAACCGUUGUAUCUACGACGGGGAAGACUACCUGGACCUUCUGGAGGAGGCAAGUGCGGCCGUUGUUCCAGCCUGUGGCGGCGGUACGGGUCUUAAUGUGAACAUGGCGGACGAACUGUCCCGUUGGUGGGGUGGGGUCGUCAGGGUCGCGUUCCUGUGGAGCCGUGGUGAGCAGACCGAAGCGGAAACUGUGGCUGCCAAGGUGGGGCUCAAUCGGGUACCUCCCCAGCUUCAGGACGCAGAGGAUCCGUUACCACGAGCCGUCGUGGCUGCAGUGCGUGCCAGGAGGGGAUUCCUUUCCGGACAGCUCAGUUCUCAGCGUGAUGUACUGAGGGCGUGCAGCACUGCCAGUGCUCUGCUCCGCGACUGCCUGAGUGUGCUGCAGCAACCUCUAAGUGGACCAUCGCAGCAGGUGCUGCUGAUGACGAGCUGUGAGUGGUUGCUGCAGACUCAGAUGGAGCUGUGGGAACGCAGCGAAAGACCCAGUGGAGGGCCCCUGGCGCAGGGUUUCCACAGGGACCUCUCUCUCUUCCGCCGUCUAGCCCAGAACAUGCCGCAGUUCCAGCUCAAGCUCACGCUGUACGAGGCGAUGCAGCGAGUGCUGUCUGGUGCCAACCCCAUCAGGACCCAGCUGGUGCUUGAUCGUUGCCUCCGGAGGAGGUUAUCUACUUAUCCGUCUGUUAUUUGUACCAAAGGUAACCAAGACUCUGCCUCUCGGGAAGAGGCGGAGGCGCUGCUGCUGGCGUGUCGUCACCUUCCGCAGGCCGCGAUGACGUCCCGGGAGCAACGGGAAGGGAUGCUGGCCGAUGCAGCCCACAUCUGGGGCCUCUUGGGCCACAAGCGGGGGGUCAUGCAAUGCCAGAGACUCAUGGCAACGCUCGCAUGUCCCGGCGCUUCCUCCGCCCUCGCUGCAGCAACGUGUUGAUAUUUUGGAGGAGUCGUAUCUCUCAACCCUCCCCAAUCAUUCAUUCAUCUCAUAGUGUACACUUGUGACCAUCUUUCAUAUCCUCAUUUGGACAGUACACAGCUCGUUGGUUGAAGUCUUACUCAACGGAGGUUUUAUUUUGGCGGCAUCAUAUUGAGGUGGUAAUCGUGUAAACUCUGAUAAUUGUGAUAAAUUGUUCCUAAUAUUUAGAAUAAAGCGUACUUGUACAUAGACAA